GACCCCGCGCCGCCACCGGCCAGCUCCGCGCGCGCCGCUUCCGCUUCCGGGGCAGCCGGCCCCGCCGCGAGCCCGGCAGGCGCGCAGCCCCCGCGCAUGCGCAGCCCCCUCCCGCGGCGGUGGCGGGGCAGCGAUACAACGUGGCCUUAGCGCGUCUUACGCGCCGGCGCCGCCAUGGCCUCCAGUGUCAUGGCUGCCCGAGAGAGCCUGGCACGCAUGCGCAGAUGGGGACACUCCCUCGGGAGGGAGCAUGCGCGCCAGAGGACGGGAUCCGGCCUCGGCGCUGCAGGAGCGACAUGCAGGCGGCCCUGGAGGUGACCGCCCGGCAUUGCCGAAAAGAAGCAGAGCAGUAUGGCCAGUGUGUGGCUGCCAACCCUUCCUCCUGGCAGCAGGACUGUCACCAGCUCAAGCUUGAAAUGGCCAAGUGCACGUCAUCCCACCCAAUUGUACAGAAAAUCCGCCACGAUUGCGCUGAACCAUUUGCUGCAUUCGAACAGUGUCUUAAACUGAACCAGACGUCUGUAGUCAACUGCACUGAACAUGUCCAGAAAUUCCUGCUCUGUGCUGACCAGGUGAAACUGGCCACAUAAGUACCAAAAAAGGUGAUCUCCUCUGUGUUAACUCUGGUGUGUCGACUGGAUUAAAGGUUCCUGGUUCCAGGAAUGGCAACAACGUCAUCCUCAAGAUCUACUAGGUCACAAGCAUUGCUUCCCGGUCCUGGAAGCCCAUUUCUGCAGCCAUGCCUGCCAAUGCCAUCUCAGUGUGGCAGAUUGAAGUGCAGCUUCUGAUCAAUAAACCAUGGGAACCACAUAGGCAUGACCAUGGUAGUCUCAGCUCCAUCUGCAAAGCCAGCCCUGCCUCUUGGAGCCCAGUGUGUGUGCUUUCCUGAGCCUGGAGCUCAUCCAGGCACAGUGCAAUAAACUGCAGUCAAAGACCAGAA